AUGGGGGGCUGGGAGAGUGUGGGGCGCCUGGAGCGCGGGCUGUCGCCGAGGGCCGCGCUGUGCUGCAGACAUUGCAUUGAGGCGGCUGCCUUCGGGGCCGCUGGCAGACCGGUAGGGGUAGCAGGGGCCGGCGAGGCGUGGGCCGCACCUCCAGCCUGGGCCCCUAGGUUGCAAGGCCCAGGCCGGUCUGGACCCGAGCCUGGCAGACCCCAGAAUUCCCAAGGCGCUUCCCAAAACCGGGGGUGGGGACGUGGAGAGCGGGAGCGAGAGAGCGAGAGCCCGGGCCAGGCUGCCGCAUCCAUCACGCCAGCCACCUGCCAGCCCAGCCAGCCAGCCCCCCGCGCGCUUCUCCUGAUCCGGGUCGGCGCGCGCGGCGCGUCUAUUGGCGCGGGCGCGUCAUGUGGGGUGCGGGACGGGCAGGGCGGGGCGCCCGCGCGUGCGCGGCCCGAGACGAGGGGGGCGCCCCGCGCGCGCACACCGCGGCCGGCGGUGGGCGGGGGGGCCCGCCCGUGCUUGACAGCGGGGAGGGCGGUCCAGGAGGGGGCGCGGAGGGGGGAGGCAGGAGUCCGCGGGGGGGAGGGGCCUCGGCGAGCCAGAAAAACGACAACGCGAGAAAAAUUAGUAUUUUUUUGCACUUCCCAAAUUAAUGACCAUGACUCGUUUUUGAUAACCAACUACAUCGAACCCAAGUUCCCUCCCUUCGAGGAGUACGCGCAGCACCACCAGCGCGCGGGCCCGGGCGGCGGGGACGGCGGCCCGGGCGGGGGCCCCACCGCUACCAGCCGCCCCCGCCCCGCCGCCCAGCAGCACCUGCCGCCGCGCCCCCCGCUCCCCCGCGCGGGGGGCAGCCGCGAGGGCCCCGGCUACUACCCGCCGCGGGCCGCCUACCCCGCGGCCGCGCUCUACCCGCGCCCGGGGGCCUCCGAGGCCGCCUACCCGUGCGCCUACCGCGGCCGCUCCAGCCCCGAGCAGCCCCCCCGGCCCGCCGGCGCCAAGGGGCCCGCGCACGGCCUGCACGCCCACGCCGCCGCCAGCCAGGGCCUGCCGCCGCCGCGCCCACGCGCCCCCGCGCCGCUGCGAGGCGCCCCCCCGCCACCCCGGGCGGCCUGCCCCGGGGGGCAGCGCCCCGCGUGCCCGCUGCUCCUGGCCGACAAGAGCCGCGGCCCGAAGGGCAAGGAGCCCGUGGUGUAUCCCUGGAUGAAGAAGAUCCAUGUCAGCGCCGUCAACCCCAGUUAUAACGGAGAGCCCAAGCGCUCCCGCACAGCCUACACCCGCCAGCAGGUCCUGGAGCUGGAGAAGGAGUUCCACUUCAACCGCUACCUCACGCGGCGCCGCCGCAUCGAGAUCGCCCACGCGCUCUGCCUCGAGCGCCAGGUCAAGAUCUGGUUCCAGAACCGCCGCAUGAAGUGGAAGAAAGAUCACAAACUGCCCAACACUAAGAUGCGCUCCGCCAACUCGGCCUCAGCCCCGACAGGUCCACCGGGCAAAGCACAGACUCAGAGCCCCCACCCACACCUGGGGCCCCCUACACCCAUCUCCUCCUCCAUCUAAUGGUAUAGAGGUCUAGAGCAGUUUCUUCUCCCCCCACCCAUGACUUUUCUCCUCUCUGCUGCCCCUUUCCUCUUCCACCAGGCCCUUCCCAAACACUCUCCCACCAAACCACCACCACCACCA